AUGGACAUGGACGUCCACAGUAACAAGAAGAAUAACAGAAACAUCAGCAUCGACGACAUACUUCCUGCAGAGUUGGUACGAGGAAUCUUAAUGAGGAUUCCCAUAAAAAACCUUGUGCGUCUAAGGGGUUUCGUAGCUCUAUUCGAAGACCCACAUUAUAUUGUCAUAUGGAACCCAUUAACUAGAUCUCACAGAGUAUUUUCAUGUGAGGGAUACAAGAAUUAUAGUCCUAUGCAGAAGCUUCUCAAGCGCUCCGCUAUGUUUGGCUUUGGAUACGAUGCAUCAGAAGAUGACUACUUGGUCCUUCUCGCUUGGAGGAAUACCAGAAAAAUGGAAGACUACUUGGGUUUAUUUUCUUUGAGAACCAAUUCAUGGACGACUUCUAAGGUUACACUUCCAAAUGACCCUUUAAGGAAGAGAAUUAUCUCGCUGCCUGGGGUGUUUCUCAAUGGGGCUAUUCAUUGGUGGAUUGCCCCUCGUUUUGGUACUGGUGUUGAUUCUGGUGGUGCUAUUAUUCUUGUCUUUGAUAUGAUUGAAAGGCGUUUCUGGGAGAUGCCUGUGCCAAAAGAAAUAAUGACGAAUUACCAUCCUCCUGGGGCUCUUGUGGAACUGGGAGGGUGCCUAGCCAUUUGGUUUACAAAUUUCGACAAGAAAACCGACAUAUGGAUUAUGAAAGAAUAUGGAGUGCAGUCAUCUUGGACAGCAUACAAGAUUCCUUGUCUUUUCUUUAGGCCUUUGAACUUAUCCAAUGAUGGGGAUAUCAUUGGAUUUGAUAUCUUAAAAUCAUGUUUGGCAAAAUAUAAUGUUAAUAAUGGAGAGAUGCUCCAAAGUUGUGGCAAAUUUUGUGGUUUGAAUGAAUUUUGCGUGUAUACUGAGAGUUUAUUGGCUCUUCCUGAUGAUUUUAUGGAAGGGAAGGAGUAG